AUGACACAAGACCAUGCGGGACUCUCGCCCGCCUUCGUCGAGACCGUAGCCGGGCUCACGGCCGGCUCGAUCGCGACCCUAACCGUGCAUCCUCUAGACAUUGUGAAGACCCGCAUGCAGAUCCACCGCAGCAGCGCAGCCCGCCCGGAAGGCCUAACCACGGUCUCCCUGCUUCGCAAGUUGCUACAAGGCCCUCAUCCCAUUGCGUCCCUGUACCGUGGUCUCACACCCAACCUGCUUGGUAGUGCGUCCAGCUGGGCGUCCUUCUUCCUCUUCAAGGUGCGCAUCGAGAGCGCCCUCCGAACACUCAAGUCCAGCGAGCCGGGAGCGGCGGGAGCAGCAGAGUCCGCUGCACUUUCGCCGCAGGACUACUUCAUCGCCUCGGGUCUCGCGGGGGUCGGAGUCCAGAUCCUGACGAACCCGAUCUGGGUGAUGAAGACGCGGAUGGUGUCGUCGGACCGCUCGGCACAGGGUGCGUAUCCGAGCAUGUACCAGGGCGCCAGGACGAUUCUGGCCACCGAGGGCGUCCGCGGAUUUUACCGCGGCCUGGGGAUUAGCUUGUUCGGCGUGACCCACGGUGCCGUGCAGUUCGCCGUGUACGACCCGCUCAAGAAGUUGUACCUGGCCCGCCGGAACGGAAGCAUUGAGCACACGACCGCCGACUUGAGCGCGACCCCGGGACAGCAGCAGCGGGAGCAGGGGCGUAUGACCAACGAGGCCACGCUGGUGAUAUCCUCCGUCGCAAAGCUGGUCGCCGGUGCUGCCACGUACCCAUACCAAGUUAUCCGGAGUCGGCUACAGAACUACGACGCAGACGCACGCUUCGGCAAGGGGAUUCGGGGCGUGGCAGCGCGCACAUGGCAGGAGGAAGGCUGGCGCGGGUUCUAUCGCGGUAUCAUCCCGGGGGUCGUACGGGUGCUACCCGCGACAUGGGUGACGUUCUUGGUGUACGAGAAUGUCAAGUAUCUCCUGCCGCAAUGGGCGGCAUGA